AUACUUGGAUUCUUUCUCUCCUCCUUUUAUUUGACACGGGGUAACAACUUGUACAUUAAAUUUAUGUCUUUUUCUCUUCGCACAAUAAAACCAUAUUUUCUUGGGAGUUCAAUUUGUUAAGCUCAUCAGAUAUAUUUAUCUUCCUUUUGAUGAAAACUUGAAGAUCCCUGAAUUACAACGGUUUUGUGAAUCGACAUGUACAACGGAAUAGGGUUACAGACCCCAAGAGGGUCGGGUACGAACGGGUAUAUUCAGAGCAACAAGUUCUUCGUGAAGCCUAAGGUUUCGAAGGUUGCUGAGAACACGAAAGGGUUCGAAGCAGAUCAAGGCACUGCUGGUGUUACCAGGAAACCCAACAAAGAGAUUCUCGAACACGAUCGCAAGCGUCAGAUUCAGCUUAAGCUCGUAAUUCUUGAAGAUAAGCUCAUCGAUCAGGGCUACACCGACGCCGAGAUUGCCGAGAAACUUGAGGAGGCUCGCCAGAAUUUGGAGGCUGCUGCUGCAGUGGAAGAAACCGAUGGAGCUGCUCCUGUUUCAGUUUCGGAGAAGAAGGUUUCAGAUACACAGACUCAUCAAAUUGCUGCUAGGAAGGAAAAGCAGAUGGAAACAUUGAAAGCUGCUCUUGGCAUUGUCUCUUCUGAAGUCAAUGAAAUAAAUGCAGAUGGUAAUGAUGGGAAAAUUGGUUCUAAUGCAGAGGGGAAACAUAAUGUGAAGCCUGAGCAUGCCUUUUUGGACAGAGAUGUCAGUUGGAAGAAACAGAUGGUUGAAGAUAAAAAGGAUGAAAAUGCAAAGAAAAAGGGUGUUAAAGAUACAAGGCACCACAAGAAGGGUGAAACGCGCAAGAAAAAUUAUGAGGAUGAUUCAUCUGAUUCAGACAGCAGUUUAGACGAUGAGGAGGGAGGUAGAAGGAAGCAUGGUAGAGAGACUACAGACAGUAGUGAUGAAUCUGAUUCUGAUAGUAAUGCUAAGAGGAAGGUCAAGUCUGAAAAGAAGCAGAAGAGUUCUAAGCACCAAAAGAAAGGUAGGGUGGAGGACAGUGAUGAUACUGAUUCUUCUGAUGAUUCUGAUGACAGCAAUCAUGCAAGAAAAAGUAACAAAAAUACAGAAAAGUUUCAUAAGAGGCAUGCUUCAGAUGAUGAUUCUGAUUACCGUGAAGACUUCUCCAUGCAUAGGACACAGAAAGGGAAGCAACAUUCAAAAAUCAACAAACGUCAUGAUUCUGAUGGUGAAUCUGAUGCUGAUACUGAGGAAAAGAAAUAUGGUAGACUUGAGAAGCCCAAGACAAGGAGGCACAGUUCUGAUGAUGAGGACUCUGAUAGAGAUGGUAUUAGGCGUGCUUCGGGACAAGACAGAUAUGUUAAAAGGGGGUCAUACUCCUCCUCUGAUGAGAGUGGCAGUGACACUGGUUCAGACAGCAGUGCUAGUGAUCACAGAUAUGAAAGUACAAGAAAAAGUGGGUCUGUUGUAACUAAGAAAGGCAUGGAAGAAAAAAAUUUCAGAGAUGAAACAAGAGUUAGUGGUGCAGAAAAAGGGAAGAAUAGUGCUAAUGUUGAUGGAUUGGACUCUCUAAGAAAAUCAUAUGGGAGAGAUUUUACAGAGGGAUCAAAUAGUAGAAGUCGAGAAAUGACACAAGUUAACAGGAAAAUUGAUGGGGACAGAGAUAGGGAGCCUUUCACAUUGGCUAAGCGUGAUGGAGAUGAUAGAAAGUUUAGUAAAACUGAGUCUGAAUCUAAAUCUAGAAUGAACCGAAAUGAUGAUAAAGAAAGAGAUGGCUAUUCCAGAUCAGCUAGGCUUGCAGGACGUGAUGAUGAUACUUCUGAGCAGAGAGGCAGAACUUAUAAUAAGGAUGUUGUUGAAUCUCAUUUUGUUGAUCGAACUGCUCGCUAUGGUGAGGACCGUGAAGCAAGAAGGCACAGAAGAGAUGAUGAUGAUCAUAGGGAGCAUGAGCAUAGAAGGGAUAAGGGUGUUGACCAUGGAGAAAGAAAGCGUGGAAGGGAUGAGGAUGGCCGUGGAGAGAGAAAGUGGGGAAGGGAUGAAGAUUAUCAAAUGGGAAGAAAGCAAACUAGAGAUGAGGAUGAUUAUAGAGAAAGAAAGUUCAGAAGGGAUGAAGAUGGUCGCACAGGAAGAAAGUUCAGAAGGGAAGAGGAUGAUGGUGGAGAAGUAAAGCAUUUAAGGGUUGAGGGUGAUCAUAGGGAAGCAAAACACAGAAGAGAAGAUGAUGGUCGUGGAGAAAGAAAAAACUUAAGGGAUGAAAAUAGUCACGGAGAGAGAAAGAACUUAAGGGAUGAGGAUGGCCGUGGAGAGAGAAAAAUCUUAAGGGUUGAGGAUGAUCGUAGAGAAAGUAAGCACUCAAGGGAUGAGGAUGGUCGUGGAGAAAGAAAACACAGAAGGGAUGAGGAUGGUCGUGGAGAAAGAAAGCAGCGCAGAAGGGAUGAUGAUGGUCAUGAUGAAAGAAAGCGGCAUAGAAGGGAUGAUGAUGAUCGCGGAGAAAGAAAGCACAGAAAGGAAGAGGAAGAGCCCCGAAACAAAGGUUAUGAGAGAGAUAGCCAUGGAGAGUACUCCAAGAGAGCCAAAUACUAAGUUUCUCUGUUCAAGUGAGAGGCAUGAAAGUGACUCAUGAACUAUGAUCCGGGCAAUGAUAAUUCUUGUUUUACUGCUUUAUUUUUGUAUUAGACGUGAGUGUCAGUUCUUAUACGUUCUGAAGUAUGUACUCUGUUUUAAAGCUUCUUCAUGCGUGUUUAUGUACUUCGUAUGUUUGCUAGAGUGGAACAGUGGGACUAUUUGUAUGAAAGACAAAAUACUUUUCUCUGGCAACGGAGGAGAUGUGAAGCCAAGGCCUCCAUAAUAGGAUGGCGGUGGAAUGUUGAUUCGUAUAAUUCUUUUGGUUACAAUCCCUAUAAUUG